UGGAGAGCCGGGGCCGAUCAGGUCCACGGAGGAACCGGGCGUUAACGGCUGACAGGGGAGUUGCCCCUCAGAGCAGCAUGGAUGCCCCCCGAAGAGACAUGGAGUUGCUCAGCAAUAGCCUGGCGGCCUACGCACACAUCCGCGCUAACCCUGAGAGCUUUGGCCUCUACUUCGUGCUGGGCGUCUGCUUUGGCCUGCUGCUAACCUUGUGCCUGCUAGUCAUCAGCAUCUCCUGCGCGCCCCGCCCGCGGCCCCGGGUCCCGGUGCGGCGCCGGGACCCCCGUAGCACCCUAGAGGCGGAUGCGGAGGAUGAUGACGAGGACGAGGAGGACACAGUGACGCGGCUGGGCCCCGACAACACACUGCCUGGCCCGGAGCUUUCCACAGAGCCCGAUGGGCCCCUGAGCAUUAACGUCUUCACCUCGGCGGAAGAGCUGGAGCGGGCGCAGCGCCUGGAGGAGCGGGAACGGAUCCUGCGGGAGAUCUGGCGCACCGGGCAGCCGGACCUGCUGGGCACCGGCACGCUAGGGCCCAGCCCCACGGCCACGGGCACUCUGGGCCGCAUGCACUAUUACUGACCGGGCCUCGUUCCCACAGCAAGGCGCUCUGGGUACUGGACAUGUACAUGAGCUCAGCUCAUAGCUGUCGCAGGACCUUCCGACUUCCCCUGCCGGCGGUGCUAUGUUGGCCCCGCCCCCACAGCUCCCACGGUGCUAUUGGGCGUGAAUCCCCACCCUCUGGGAGGCGCCCUUUCCCAGUCCUGCCUGAAGACCCGGGGGGAGGGCAAGACACGGUCCCCACCCCCGCUUCUGGGGACGAUUAAGAGGUGAAGUGACCAAUGAAAGCUGCAUUCUUAGUGACUCAGGCUCCCUGUUACCCCUGCCUCCAGCGUUCCUUAGGCUCCGGUCAUGCAGAGGGCCCCAGGGCUGAGACCCCACUGGGCUCCUUUACCAAGCUGAUCACCUCCAUCACUCCGUCCUCCGCACACUCGCUUACGUUCACUUCGUGGACGGCAAAAACACACUCCACCACUUCACCAGUCUCGCAUGAAUCCCUUACAAAUGCAUUCCUUACCUGCAUGCGUCCGGGCACACAUCACCUCUGUCCCUACAAAUACCCAAAGUUCAUGCAUCACUGCAGUCACACACACACACACCAGGCCUUGGGAGCCCGACCUUGACACUCAAGUGUCCCAAUGUAACCACGUGUGCCUGAGCUGGGCUGUGGAGUUCGUGUCUGGGCUGAGGUGCGUUUCUGUGGAUCCUUCUAGGCGGACAGUGGGGCCAGUUGGGAGGGGCUGGGGAUUGGAAAGCUGGGC